AUGGCAGAGGGAGACCCAUCCAAGCGCUGGGAGCUGGAGAGACAGGAAGUCAAGCGGGCUGAAGCCCGGCUCAGCCAUGGGCUGCAGGACUUAGAGGAAGCACGAUUCUACCAAAUGAAUUCAAUGAUCAAAGAGCAGAGGCAGAUCCAGAAGGAGCUACAGAAACUGCAACAAGAUGAGGCUCCUUUCCCAUCUCCUCCAAAUAAAGCCCCCAGCCCAGCACCAGUAACAAAGAAACCCUCCAAAAUUAGACAUGCAGUUUCGGGCAUGUCGCCAGACCAAGUGAAACCAGGGGUGUGGGGGGUUGGUGGUAACAGCAAUUCCCGGAAGAAGGCCCAUGUGACUCUCGGGGACCUCUCCCAGGAGGUUGGUAAAAGGUCAGCUCUGCCCAUGCUCCCAACUUCGUCAGGGCAGCAGCACAGCAAGAGACGAGUGGAGCAACUGAGAGCACCGAGAAGUACUUUGCCCAAGAUGGAGGGACCCAGACAGGCAGCCCAAUCACCCUUGCAGCAUCAGACAUGCGACCAUGAUGUCCUGGAUAAUGCGGGGCAGGAGUCCUCUGGAAGGCAUGGGUCAACUUCAACAUGCACCCAGACCAAAGCUGCAAGCUCCAUCACAGACAUCAGCCUGUCAGACCUCCGGCAUUCCAUCGCUAGGCGGCUGAGCACCUCUGCCAAUCCGGCAGAGCACGAAGAAACCAACAGCCAAGGAGAGCUGGGUACAGGCCCCACAGUGCUGCCCUGUGGACAGACAGAGGCCAGCGAUGUGGAUGGCAGUGACACCAUGCCCAAGCCCACUAGCUGCACAGAGAGAAAGAAGCCUUCCCUUGGCCACGAGAAGCUAAGUUCUGAUACAGAUCCAUAUGCCUCAGACAGAAGCCACCUCAGACCCAUGCACAGCAGGCCUGGGUUUCUGGAGUUGUAUGCUGAAGCCAGGAAGGCCCGGUAUAUCCGGCACAAGGGCAUUCCAGCCUCAGAGAAGGAACUCAGCCUGCAAGAGAUCUUUGGGCAUGAAAACAGCUUAGACUCCAGCCCCCCAGGAGCAGCACAACCCUGAAUGAUGGCUCCUUCCCCUAAGGGAGGCUUGUGAGGGUCAGCCACAGGAAAAGGUGGUCUGCCCUGCUGUCUGGAACAGCCAGCUAGCCGGGGUUAUAAAGUCGUAGAUUGUAAGUGUUAGGGGGCUUAUUCCUUCACCCGCUCACUUCCCUGGUCCUUCUCGCAUGAACA